GUAGCUACGUUGCCUGUGCUAUGUCAGCUACGCCGUGUCAAUGUGAACAGGCAUUCGGUUUUGAUGUGUUAUGUAUAAUUACUUGUGUAUAAAUAUGUCGGGUAACAACAUGUAUAACACAGUGUGCUUUACACGAAACCAGAGCAGUAAAGGUUCUAGGCCAAUACUAUCACACAACAUAACAAAAUGUUCCUCUGGGAUUGGAUGCAGUCACUCGUACACUUUUUCGGGUUCAACAGGAAAGCUAAGAUUAUGAUUGUUGGACUGGACAACGCUGGGAAGUCAACCUUACUAAACUUGCUGAAGACAGGGCGAUUGGUACAGUUCCCGCCUACAGGCCAAGCGCGAUACGAGGAAAUGACUAUUGGUGGACUAACUAUACAAGCGUAUGACCUCGGCGGCCACAUGAUAAUGAGGAGAGUUUGGCUUGAUUACUUCCCUGCUGUAGAUGGAAUUGUCUUCAUCAUCGACUCGGCUGACCGGGAGAGACUCCAGGAGAGCAGAGCCGAGCUCACGAGGAUUCUUGAAGACCCGGAGAUACCUCCGAUCCCCCUUCUUAUACUCGGCAACAAGACGGACAAAGAGGGAGCUAUCGGGAAGGAGGAGCUUAUCACGACCUUUGACCUACAUCGCCAUAUAUAUAAGGAGGAGACAUACCAGGAGACAGGGAAGGACGUUUCUCCUCGUCGGGAGUCUCAGUUAUUUAUGUGUAGUCUCCUAAAGAAACAUGGAUACGGAGAGGCCUUCCGAUGGCUGGCAAAGGCGACGAAUAAAUAGACAAAUGGUUGCAGCAGAAACGCCCAUCAUGACAUGGUUCUUCAGAAUUUUUGCAAUUCUUCAUUACAAAUAUAUGAUUAUCUCCAACUCUCCAACUGAUUCAUCACUUCUUGUUGCGAUAAGUGGUUUUCUGUGUGACCACGUUUACUUUUUUACAUUAUCAAUUAUUGACAUGUAUGCAUAUCGCAUAUACAUGUGUGUGUGUGAGAGUGAGCGUGUGUGAGUGUGUGUGUGUUUGGGUGUGUGCAUGCGUGUUUUAUCAAAGUAAUAAUAUCGCAGAUAAAAAUAGAGUGCGUUAUGUAUAGUGUAAGAGUGUAUGGGAAUGUGUGUAGAGUGUGGGUUUUAUAUGUACUUGGAUAACUAUAAUGUAACGAAUAAAAAUGGCAAUAAAAAGUGGUAAUAUAUGGAUAGGCGAUCUGAAAACCUUUCUGGUCACUCCAGCUUUCCUGUGUAGGUUUUUUGGAAAGGUCAUGGUGGCAUUUGUCAUACACAUAGGUUGGCGGCCACAAAGAAAGAGAUAUUGCUGAUUUUAAAGACAAAGAUAUUAUUGCUGGUCACAAAAAAAUCAACUGGUGUGGUGGUCCAAAGUUAUUUGAUUUUGUGGAAUAAUGAACGGUGUUGAGAGAUAUUGAUUUUCAUGUUUGUAGAAAUGUCAAUCACACUUAAAAAUCAAACGUAUUCCUGAGUCCGUUCCAUGCACGUCUAGAAAUAUGAUGUAAUUUUUUUUCAUAUUUGAAGCGUUAAUUUCAUGAUGUAAUUUUUUUCAUAUUUGAAGUGUUGAUUUCAUUCAUCAUUUAUAGAUAUCAUUUGUCAGAACGAAAUAGCUACCACAUACAGAAACCGUGUUUCGAAAAUUCCUUUUUAAAUGAAAAAAAUAUAUCAAUAUAUAUGUUAAGUAUAUGCAAGUGUAUAGCAUUUUGCAUAUUUUUUGCUGAAUGCUAUUGUUGAACAAUGUCAUUGUGAGAUGUUCCAAUUUACGAAAUGUAAGGUACACACACACGUACUGUCACAGACACUUGUAAACAGAUAUUACAUAGACAUACUGUAUUAUAAACAAAUGCCUGUGACACAUUGGAACACUUAAAGUCUAGCGAGUGACCUUAGUUGCUGGAUUUUUUUAUUAUCGUUAUUUAUGUAUAAUACUGAUUUUUUUUUUAGAGUUGUGAUUUCUAAUCCACUUGCAGCGUCAAUGCAAUUUACCAAUACUGUCGCGUGAACACGACUUUUCCAUAUAUAGCAGUUGCUGCGAGCUCCUCCUCAUUGAGAUGACGUCAAUAAGUAGGCAGUGUGGGCAAUAUUAAUACUGUUGCUAUAGAAACUGUGAUAUUGUUACACGAUUUAUGUUAUACCAUUGUUUAAUAAAACAGGUUAUCUGAU